GUCUAACUUAUAGAUUAUAAAGGACAUCAUGAUUAAGGUGCCAAGGUAUAAAGUUAUGGCUACAGUUCUUAAGUAGUUACAGCAGUUCUGAAGGUUUCAGGCUUAUAUUCCCAUUUGCUCUGAAUUGUCAAUACAAUAUAACCUUACCAAAUAAAAUUAAAAGUUAUUAUAUCAUAAUUCUCACAUUGAUAUGAAGAACAUGUCCAUGGCGCUGUCACUAAAUGAUGUCAUCUUAGAUUUUAGGACUUUUAGUUUGUGAGAAAUUCAUUGAAUGUUAAAAACAUCACCCCUGUGACCUUGAAUAUGGGUAAAGGUCACUUCUUUUCACAAACUUUGUGGAGCUCCUAUUGGCCAUGUUGUUCUCCCGGUCAGAUUAAAUGGGUACAACUAGGGACCAAGGGGAACCUACACAUGAAGCUUGAGAAAUAUUUCUCCAAUUAUUUUCAAGAAAUAGUGAUAACAAUGAUUGUUUACAGACGGACAGCGGACAGACAACUGACCACGGAUUCAGGGCAAUUUGUAGAGUCCACCUUCUGACGAUGUUAGGGUAAUAACAUGCAUCAAUACUGACUCAGUUUGGUACUUUAGGAUUGAGGAUAUAGCACACUGCCUAGUUAUAUGAGGAGGUACAUUAAUAAUAAAUCUAAAAUUUUAUAAUUAAUUACAUUCCUCCACCAAAACCAUACGGAUUUGAAUUGGGUUAUAGUGACUCUUUAAGUGAAUAGUAAAAUCCAGUUAUGGUAUACACUUUACAGUUAGGAUAUAUAUAUAUAUAUAUGAAGGUCACUGUGUACAAAGAUUUGAUAGGGAAUUAUUUAAUAUUAUUGUGUACAACUUCAUUAACUUAGGAGUGCUCAUAAUUUAACACAGAAUUGUUUCCCUAUUGAUAAGAUGUCAUAUUAAAAUUCUAUUGAACAAUGAUUAAAGCUAAUGAGACUUUGGGGACAGGAUGGAGGAACUUGAUCCAGCUGACUUAAUGAGCUCCGUGGUAAUUAAUGCUGGAGCAGACAGUCCUGUACUAUGUGGGGUUUAUCUGACCAGCCUCUGGUCAAUCUUAAUUGGUUAAUCACUUUAUCAGCAUGUAAAUUUAUGCUGUGUUGUCACAUAAUGCUGUACAAGGCUACAGAAGGGUGGACACACUUGUAAGUGGUGGGAUAGAUGUAAACAGGUGUUAAAUAUCCAGGAUUAAACCCCUCACACCUUCACCAGACCCUCUCCUAAAUAUACACAAUUAUACAUUAUAAUGAUAUGGGCUUCAAUUUGGAAUUAAUUACUGGAUAAAGAUAAUCAAGUGAAGGCCCAGUACGUAUUAAAUCAGACUACACCCCUUUCACCAAAUGUUCAUAUUGUCAGACAAUUGUGCGGCUUUGCUGUGUGGUCAAUCUAAGAGAAACACACGUUUAGAAAUUUGACAAUUCAGGAACAACCAGAGAAAGGAGAAUUUCUGGAGAAGUGUUCAGGGUGUUACAAUAACAGCCUCCAUUUGAGUGUGGGACAGAAAACAAUGGGAGGUAAGGACUUCUGUACAUGGACAGUAAUACUCAUGUUACUGAUGACUCAUACAGCAAAUGGAAACACAUGUCAUCCCGGCUGUGUCUGUACCAACAAUUUCACCAUGGCAACCUGUAGAGAACUUCAGGUGUUAAAUGUGAAAAGUCUACCUCCACACACAAAAGAUCUCGGCAUCAUUAAAAGUAACGUGGGGCCUGUGUUCAACUAUUCCCUCUCAUCUUUAGUAGAGUUAGAGGUGAUAGAUUUGUCGUGGAACAAACUCACAGAAAUUUCUGGAGAUGUGCUCCGCCAUCUUGGACGUGUCAAAAGAUUGAGUUUCCGUGGAAACAGACUCCAUCGCCUUUUGGAUGAUGUUUUCAUACAUACAAUUAACUUACAAUAUUUGGAUCUCAGUCACAAUAGUUUUUCAGUUAUGCCUGAUGUAGCGUUCCGAUUUUUACAAAACUUGAAAGUUCUGAACAUGAGCUUCAAUCAUCUGACAAGCCCUGUUUUAGGACUUCGCUUCCAAGUAAUGACAAAUAUGGAACUACUGGAUUUUACUGGAAACAAUUUCUAUACGAUUCCUGACAAGACAUUUGAAAUGACACAAAACUGGAAUGAUGCUAUACAAAAAACAUUGAAUUUUUCUUUUUGUGGCAUACGUCAUAUUGAAGAAGGUGUAUUUAACGAUUUGAGGAAAAUACGGACACUUUUACUCACAGGAAAUUAUCAUUUAACUUCGGAAAACUUGACUGCGUCUUUCAACUCAUCUGAUUUUUCAAGUUUGGUGACACUGGAUUUAUCUAGGAUGAACUUAACAGAUGUUGGGAGCAUCCUUGUAACACUUCAAACGUCUCCACUAGCAGAACUUUUCCUUUCUCAUAACAACCUUGUUAGCCUUCCUCAGGCCUUACUGGACUACCACGCAAACCUACAGGUACUUCAGGCUCAUCAUAAUAAAAUCACAGAAAUCAGAACAUCCCUGACCCAGAUAUUGACCCUGACUCAUCUUGAUCUGUCCGACAACGUGAUAGCUAGUGUAGACUCAACAUUUGGUGAAAACCUUGUCAAUUUACAAACUUUAAUUUUAUCCAACAACAGAAUCGGUGAUGGUCUGAUUGUAGUUACAAAUAUGGCUUCUCUCAAACACCUGGAUCUUAGUAACAAUCAAAUCUCACACUUCAGCAUUCCUGAUUCUCUGACAAACUUGCAAAAUCUGUUUAUCGCAGGAAACAGUAUAUCGGAGUUAAACCAAAUGAUGGGACUCAGCAGUUUAUUGAAGUUUGACCUCAGUCGUAAUCAACUAUCUGAAUUGAAAGCGUUUCUUUUUCCUGAUUCAUCAAACAUACAGACAGCAAAUUUUAGUGGGAAUGUUAUAUCUAAAGUUAACCAUCAGACGUUCCGACGAAACACACCCAUCGUCAUAGAUAUAUCAUUUAAUAAGCUUCAACAAAUCUCUAAUUUGGGAUGGGAAGAGGCGGAAGAGGUUCACCUCCAGGCAAAUCUGAUAUCUGAAAUGGACAGAAAUACGUUUUACGGGUUAUACGGAGUGAAGUUUUUGGAUUUCAGCCAUAACAUGCUGACAGGCUUCGAUGCCGAUGGUUUUGUGUAUUUGAUGAAUGUAACUGAGCUCAAUAUGAGUAAUAAUCAUCUCAUGGAUUCAAACUCUUUACAGAUUGCUUUGUCAGCUAUGUCCAAACUCAAAAAGCUUGAUAUCAGUCACAAUAAUUACACUGCGUUCCCACCGGACAUGCUUAAGAAAAACAAACUUCUUCAAAGUUUGAAAGUGAACGAUAACAAGGUGCUGACGUUUCAACCCGAACUCUUCAAUCGUUUGGUCCAUCUGAAGGAAAUUGACUUGGCCAACAACAUUUUCCGCUGUGAUUGUGCAUUACUGGAUUUCCGAGACUGGUUGAGAAAAACAAAGAUUUCAGUAAUACAUCGUGUAAAUACAAGUUACUUGUGUGGAGGGCCGCCUGAUAGAAAAGGUAGUUGGGUUGUUAAUUAUGAAGUCGGGAAGUUUGAAUGUCAGCUAACAUUACUCUACAUCAUCGUCUUUUCCUCCGUAGGUACUGUGUUAAUGCUUGUGAUCGUUAUAGGGAUUCUCGUCUUCAAGGGUUACUACAACUGGCGUAAAAAACUCGGACACAGUCAACGUGAUUACACAAUCGAAUACGAAUCAGUGAACGGAAAUCUACCAGUUAUGGAUGUAAAUGGACUGACCAGACAUCACAAGCCAAAGCCGUAUAUGAACGGAGGUCAUCUAUCAAAGCAAAUAUCACGAGAUAGUUUAGAUAUUGAGGUAGAAAACUUGAUGAGGAGAAGACAGAAGAAAAACAGAGUGUUCAAUGGUAAUAUAGGAAUACCACUCGUUGGAUUAGCUAAGGAGAAGAAAGAAAAGACAAAAACGAAAAAAGCAGUGAGAAAUUCCAAACAGGACACAAACAAAAAGAAAAAAACAGCCAAAGGAAAGAAAGGAAAAACGGACAAAUACAAGUCUAAAGGCCGGUCGGACAGAGAUUUACUAAAGGAAAUGAAGUUCAAUUACAUGAAGCGAGAUGCUGCCCAGAGGUAUGCUGAGAGAAUGAGUCGUUACUAUGAUGGCAGGAAUGAUCUCAUGAUCAGUCGAAUGGUGCCAUAUUUUUAUGAUAGACAUGGCAUCCGACGAUCCACAGCAAACAUGUUUACAAGGAGUCGUCGUCCUGAAAUUCAUGGUCACAGUGACAUCAUUAGGAUACCGCGCCCCGUCCCCCGCCCACGAUAUUCCCAAAGUGUCCCAGACAUGCAUGGCUACGUCAAUUCAAUACCGCGCAGUAAAUACCCUCUAACCCCUGAAGUCCAUGUUCUUCGUCGCCAUGACAACAGGCAUCUCAACUCUCUGGACUUAGCUUCCUCCAGACGGAGAUACAAAUCUCUAGGAAAUCUUCAACCUGUGACACAUAUCCAAGGUCAAGGUCGAUCCCACCAUCAGAGUGAAACAGACUUGUACCGUAACCAGAACAACAUGUUUUUACCUGCUCGCUAUGACAAUAUCAAAUAUAACACUAUUAGUGCAAGGCCGAGGUCAUCUAGAGGACAAUUUGGUAGUAGGUCUGAAUGGAUAUAGUAAUUUUUUUAGACUUUGACAAUUACACUCAUGUACAUAUUUCUUCAAUUAGUGCUGGAUAUAUCGUGCAGUGCUUAGAGCAUGGUUUUAAACUUUCAUGGUUUUGUGGUUAUAAGCAACACACAUGGAGGAUUUUAUUUCAUACAGACAAUCUUAGUGAAAACUGUGUCAGGAGUUUUUAUGGAAUAAACCUAACACAACAGGUA